CGGUGAGGGGGCGGCGAGGGGCCGGCGGGGGAACCUCCCCUGGCGCGGGAGCCGAGCGCUGGGAGAGUUGCGAGGGAAACGCGGCUCCCAGUGAGCCGAUGGUGACAACAAAAAGACCUUGCGCGAAGAGGUCUGGUGCAGCGCUAUGGGUAAUGCACCGGCGGAAGAUGAGGUUGCACUCUUUGAAAGAGAUAUGAAAGAGUUUUGGAUCCAGUUUAAAAUCAGUUAUGGUACUGAACAGAACAAUCAGACUUCAGCGUUGAGAGAUUUGUGCAAGGAGACUUUAGAAGCUCUUUCAGAGAAAUGGUCCAAGAAGCUGAAAGAAGAGGACGUGAUGAUUGACAAAAUUCACGAGUAUAACAAUGAGAUUCUCCAGCAGAGCAAAUACAUAGCAGAAAAGGAAGAGCAGUUGACAGAAAUACAAUCAAGGCUAAAUCAAGAACAAGAGCAGCAGAAGAACUUGACUGACAGCAUCCAAGAGCUUAAAAAAGAGUUGAUGAAGAAAAUGGAAAUAAAAUCUUCUAAAAAUAAAGCUGCCAAGGAGAAAGUGGAACAAGUGAGCAAGAUUAAAGCAUUGUUUAAAGAGCAUCUUGCACUGGAGAUGCGUAGAAUUCCAGAUGAGCAAUUACAGUUUAUAUUCAGACACAUUGACCACAAAGAUCCUGAUAAGCCAUACAUGUGUACCCUUUCUAUAAAUGAACAAGGGGACUAUGAAGUGACUUCCUGUACUCCUCCUCUGGACUGUAUUGCAGAGCUACAGCUUAAACUGAGAGAAACUAACAAUUUUUCUGCAUUUGUUGCCAACAUCAGAAAAGCUUUCACUGCUUUAUCAUAUAAACAGUCUGCAUGAAACUGGUUUGUACCUCUCUUUCUGUAUGUAGAGCACUCUUACUCCCUUCCUGUUGGUGAAAUGGUGUAUUUAUCCAUGUCUGACUCCUAAUUUCUAAAUAAAGAUAAUGAAAGCAGUAUUUUCAUCUGCUGUUAUCUGAACACAUUUUGGAUCAUUCUUCAGACAUUAGGAUCACCGACUACUGCCUUAACUGAAUGUCUCUGGACAUGUAAGUUUUGAUCCAUUACAUGCAUUAAUGAUGCAAUGGUUUGUAUUUAGCUGCCCCAGGGAGAUAAUCAAAACAAAGUACCUCCUGUAGUUCAUGUAUCUUUUCCAAAAGCAUUGAUGUCUCUUUCAAGUUUCUGUGUAGUUGAAAUAGGCCUGAAACCUGUUUUAAAAAAAAAGUGUGCUGAGGCUUAGCACUUAUUUCAGUUACUUGUGUCACAGGUCAUUGUCCUGACUUUUACCCUGACUUGUACUCUACAGUGUUAGCAUUUCUAUUCGUGCAUUUAAAUGCUUGUUUUUCUUCUGGUCUUUAAACUGUGUCAUUGGAAAUCUUUUGUCAUGGAAAAGCCUGAAGUAUAAUGUAUUAAAAUAUGAAAUAUAGUGGUGACAGUUAAAUCAUGUGUGUAUUUUGCAUCUUAUCAAGAAGACUGUUACUACUGCAAUUCUCAGCGGAUUGAAAAUAUUCUUUUUCUAUCCUGUAAACUGUUUGCAUUUUUACAGAAUAUUUAAAAUGACUGUUGCAACAAGAAAGAAAAUGCUUCAUUUAAUAAUAUCCUAUAGUUCAUAUAAAGUCUUGACUAAGUUCAGUCCUAGAAGUUCUAGUGAAUCAAAAGCUAAUAUGUACGACCUAGUCAUUGAGGCAUGUUUAAAUCUGGUGAUCAGAUCUUAUCUGAUCUGCUCAGAUAUUCUUAGUACAGUUGGGACUAUUUCCCAGUUGCAUGUGAAAUAAAUUUCCCAGUUUACAUGUAUUUUAAAUAAUUUAGUUUGUCUGAACUUAACCAUAUAGCUUGAUGGAUGCACCACAGACUACACCCUCAUCUUCUAGGAGCACAACUUAACAAAAAAAGUAAAAGAGAGAAUCUUCCCUUUCUUCUUCCCUAUAGGGCAUAAUUUGCUGUUUUCUUAGAAGAGCAUCAUUUUCCUUGGUGUGCCCUAUUGAUUUUUUUCUUGUGUUGCAGCCAGUUAUACAGAAAGAACAGGUGCCAACUGAUUACACUGCAAUUUUGAAACAGAAUAGCAGCAGAGGAUUACUAAGCAUUUCUAUAAUGACAUCUCAAAUAAAACAAAUCCUCGGUUUCUGCUUUGUGUCCUCUCUUAAGACAAACCCUGUGUCCUGUCUGAGAAUUCUGUAACUGGCAAUGGUCCAAAGAGACAAGGGAUGGGAGCCUGACUUCAGGGGUCUCACUGUUCAUUAGUGGAUUUGCUUACUUUUCAAUCAGAUUAACAGGAUUUAAGUUGCAGGUAUUUCUUUCAACUAAUUGCUUCUACCACUCAGAGAAUGCUAUAGGCAUUUUUAUGGACAGCUAUAGGCAUUUUUAUGGACAGCAGUAGACUAGCCAGGAGUUUAAAAAUAUGUAUUGAGCCAGCAGUGCACAUCCCACUUGUGUCAUCUCUCCGAGGCAUUAUGGCUGCUGUUGGCAUCUCUCUCUUGUACAGAAGCCCUUUCCUUCCAUGGGUGAGAGCCUGUCCCUUCCAGCUUCUCACUAAUGGCAUUGCCCUCACAUCCAGAAUGACUAUUCAUUUUGAAGCAUACCCUUGCCCUACUUCACCUGUCUGUGCCAAGCACCUCUGAGCUGCUCUGAAAGGAAACUUCAGCAUGCUCAACCAAAUAGUUUACAGCUGUAGUAUAAAAGCAAAAAGAUAGGCAGAACACAGCCUCCUCAUUUCCAUGAUUUCAAAUGGAGCUGUUUAAUCAUUAAGGGUGUACUGAUUUCUCUGACACCCUCUGUAACAUAUGUGAUUUGAUCAUGUUCACAGGAGAAAAAACUGAAAUGCCUUGAGUAAUGAAGACAGAUGCUCAAACUUAGAGCCAUUUUCUUUUCUUGUUAAUCCCAGGUAUAAGUAGUUGGUGACAAAAUGAAUUUGUCAAGAUUGCUAUGCACAAAACAUAAAAUAUGUGACAACUACUUUAUUGGAAUAUACAUUCUUAGAAAUUAUUUGCUAGAGAAUAUGAUGUGCCUGGUUGUAAAUGUCCUGUGCAUAAGCCUAAAGCAAGAAGUUUGGAAUAUUUAUUGUGUGUAAUAAAACCUUCACAAUUCCUUUUGGAGCUAGAAUAAUGGGCCUACUUAUAUUUGCCAGAGCAAAUCAGAGAGAGAUCUUAGUUCCAGUAAAAGAGAGCCAGGUACUCCAAAAGUGGAUUAAAGCUAGGAAAGUGUAUACAAUAGAUGUGCUUCUUUACUUAUUCUAAAAUAUGAGUAAAACUGGCCUGUGACUUCCAUGAAACAGCCUCAUUCUAGUGGAAGAUCUGUCUUGAAAUUUUAAAACCUUUGUUUUAAAUGUGCAGUUAGUGCUUAUAGAAUACCACACACCUGGAUCUGUGAUAAUUUGGAAUUUUCUAUUUUCUAUUUGUUAUGAAGCUUCACAAUACAGUGAGAUCAAAUAAUAGUAAGACAACUAGGAUAACACAAUAAAUUGACCCAGCAGGUGCAGCUAUUGGGAAGCAGGUGUGCUGGAUAGCACACAGAUACAGACUGAAAUGUCCCAAAGAGCAGAUGGGAAAGCUCUUGAGCUCAAAAGCAAUAUGCAGCUUAGGGGCUGACACACAGUCACCUAAUGGAGCUGGUGCUCCAUUUAUUAGCAGGGUCUUAAGGCAGACAUAGAUUUUAAUGAAGGUCAGUAAAGGCUUUUUUAAUAAAUCAGUUUGCCCAAUGCUGAACAUUGCUUUCCCUUUCAAAGUGCUGAUCCAUACUUAGCUACCAAGGGUCAAGUCUGAAAUGCAUGGGCCAUGAAGUAAUGCUGACCAUACAGUAAACUGCUGAUGUACUGGUGCUCAGCACCUCAUCAGAUUUAUCUCAUUUUGUAAAAAUCUGCGGGAAAUGUGUUGAAUUUAUGAGAUACUGGAAAUACACUAUGAAUUUAAAGACUGCUGGGAAGACAAAGUAACAUUAAACGUUAAUAGCAUAUGUAUUAAAUGUAUUUAAUCACUAUUGUUUGUAUGCUAGAUGGAGGUCAGAUUUGAAAAUAAAUCAAAUUACUGUGAGA